AGCGAGAGCUUCUUAAGAAAGAGGCGGGGAUUGCUUUGGGCAUCCGCGGCUGUUUAGUUGCUGCGGGUCCCGUAAAGAGUCUAAUAAUGAGGAAGGAACAUUGUUCAGGCCUCGGUGGCGCGUGGCCGUAAUUAGCUUGGCCUCGCGAGCUUGGCCUCGCGGGCUGCUGCGGGAACAGCCUUCUCCCCGCCGCGAAACGGGGACUCCCUUGCUGCAGCCUUGCGAACCAGCUAUCGGAUUCUCUCAUUCAGAGGACGACGUCGCCCGUAGCGGCUGGCGGGAAUUUGGUUGGUUUUAGUUCUGGAGGGGGGAGCGGGGAAGAAUAUUUCCUUCCGCCAGAAUAGCUCGGAGGAGCAGAUUGCCGCUAGCCGGAAAAUGAGCCUGUGUCAGUCUUUGGCAGCUACUGUUUGUUUUGGAAUAAAGACGCCCGUUGCCAGCAAGAAUUGCAGUUCAGCUUACUGAAUGGAUGAAUUAAUGGAUGAAUGAACCACAAGUGCUAACGGCUGCUGGAGUGAGAGAAAGGGGCUCUGUCAACCCACACAGUACGUAGCCACACUUUUCACAUUUCAUAAGGGAUUGUGAGAACCUUGGAAAUGAGGAGCAGGAGCAACUCCGGAGUCCGUCUCGAUGGCUACGCUCGGCUUGUUCAACAGACCAUUCUGAACCAUCAGAAUCCAGUUACAGGACUACUCUCCGCCAGCACAGAGCAAAAGGAUGCUUGGGUGCGAGAUAAUAUAUACAGCAUUUUGGCUGUCUGGGGCCUAGGGAUGGCCUACAGGAAGAAUGCAGAUCGGGAUGAAGAUAAAGCCAAAGCGUAUGAAUUAGAACAGAAUGUUGUGAAACUAAUGCGGGGGCUCUUACAGUGUAUGAUGAGACAGGUAGAUAAGGUUGAAAAGUUCAAGCACACACAGAGUACCAAGGAUUGCCUGCAUGCCAAAUACAACACGGCCACUUGUGGAACAGUAGUUGCAGAUGACAAAUGGGGACAUCUACAAGUAGAUGCAACUUCCCUUUACCUUCUCUUCCUGGCUCAGAUGACAGCAUCAGGAUUGCGUAUUAUAUUCACACUUGAUGAAGUGACCUUUAUACAGAAUCUUGUAUUUUACAUCGAAGCUGCCUAUAAAGUUGCUGAUUAUGGCAUGUGGGAACGUGGUGAUAAGACAAAUCAGGGCAUUCCUGAGUUGAAUGCCAGCUCUGUAGGAAUGGCAAAAGCUGCUUUGGAAGCAAUUGAUGAGCUGGACCUGUUUGGAGCUGGAGGAGGACAUAAGUCAGUUAUUCAUGUCCUCCCAGACGAAGUUGAACACUGUCAGUCUAUUCUGUACUCCAUGUUACCGAGGGCAUCCACAUCAAAAGAGAUUGAUGCUGGACUUUUGUCCAUUAUUUCUUAUCCAGCUUUUGCCAUAGAGGAUAUGAACAUUGUUAAUGCAACGAAAAAUGAAAUUAUCACCAAGUUGCAAGGGCGUUACGGCUGCUGUCGUUUCCUCCGAGAUGGCUAUAAGACACCAAGAGAGGAUCCAAACAGAUUACAUUAUGAUCCUGCUGAGCUCAAGUUAUUUGAGAACAUAGAAUGUGAAUGGCCUGUAUUCUGGACGUAUUUUCUAAUUGAUGGAGUGUUCAAUGAGGACAGAAUUCAGGUGCAGGAAUACAGAGAAGCCUUGGAAGGGAUCCUUAUUAGAAAAAAGAACGGAAUUCUUCUGAUGCCAGAACUGUAUGCAGUUCCUCCAGAUAAGGUCAGCGAAGAGUAUGAAAAUCCUCACACAGUGGACCGUGUUCCAGCAGGGAAACUUCCUCAUCUUUGGGGCCAGUCAUUAUAUAUUCUUUCUGCCCUCCUAGCAGAGGGAUUUUUGGCUACGGGUGAAAUUGAUCCGUUAAACAGAAGGUUUUCGACAGCUUUCAAGCCUGAUGUGGUUGUUCAAGUGAACGUUCUAGCAGAAACAAAUGAAAUUAAGAAACUCUUACGGCAUCAUGGAAUUAACGUGCAAAGCAUUGCUGACCUAAGUCCCACCAGAGUGCAGCCAGCUCGGAUUCUGAGUAAUCUUUAUGCCAAGCUUGGGCGUAACAAGAUCAUGAAGCUGAGUGGGAGACCUCACCGGCAUAUUGGUGUCCUGGGAACAUCCAAACUAUAUGUCAUAAGAAACCAAAUAUUUACUUUUACCCCUCAGACCUGCAAAGGACUGGUUGCAAAGUCACCGUCGUAA